AUGAUGAAGAAUUUAAAAGUGAUUGGUUGUGCAAAUGGUAGCGGUGGACCAUUUAUGGGAGCUGAUAAGGGAGUAGAAAUUAUGCAAAAAUCAGAUUUUAUGAAGUACUUGAAGAUUAACUACGAGUGGGUAGAUGUGAUUGAGGAAAAAGCAACAGGAUUGCAAGUGGAUGCCUUGCCUGGUGUCAUCGAUACAUCAUUACGGCUAGCAAAAAGAACUUUUGAAGAGAUUAAAAAGGGCCAUGACUUAUUGGUGAUUGGUGGGGAUCACAGUAGUGCCAUUGGUACUUGGAGCGGUGUUUCAUACGCCAUAAAAAAUGAUGGCAAAAUUGGUUUGAUCUGGGUUGAUGCACAUUUAGAUGCUCAUCAGCCAUCUACAAGUCCUUCAGGAAAUAUUCAUGGUAUGCCAGUGGCUCAUCUACUUGGAUUUGGCCAGAAAGCUUUAUAUAAUCUUUUUGAUUAUUUUCCAAAAUUGGAUCCUAAAUAUAUUGUAUUCAUUGGAGUGCGUAGUUUUGAAGAAGCUGAGCGUGUUUUUUUGGAUUCUCUUAUGGUUAAAAUUUACGAACAAAGUGAAUGCGAUGAAAGAGGAAUUGAUGUUAUUUUGAAAGAAGCAAUCAAGCUUGUAAGUGAUGGAACAGUCGGCUUUGGCUUAAGCAUUGAUAUGGAUGCUUUCCGAGAAUCGGACUGUCCGGGAGUCAGUACUCCUGCGGAAGGCGGAAUUGUCGCCCAAGAAUUUAUUGCAGCAAUUAAAAAAGCAGAUCUUACAAAACUGAUUGCAACGGAAAUGGUUGAAUUUAUGCCGAAGAAAGAUAAGGAACGAAAGACUGAGAAAGUUUUGGUGGAGUUAGUCGAUGCUAUUUACGGCAAUAAGUUUGGAAUGGAAAAUGAAAAUUGA